AUGUCUAUCACCACAUUCCUUAGCCUCAUCUUAUGUAUUAUCAUCAUCAUUUCACUUAUCACCACAAUCUCCUCAUCUUCCGACGAAGAACUCUCCUCGUGGUGCAAGGAAACGCCGAACCCGGAAUCCUGCACCCGGUUCGUGACCCGAACCGGCCACCCGACCAGCUCCGCGGGGCGGCCCCACCACCAACGACGGGCGGCCACCUUCCGCGAGAUGAACAUCGAGGCCGCACUCAAAAAGGCCCUCGACGUACAAAGCCAACUCACGCGCUUGAAGUCGACGUGCAGAACUCCACAGGAGACGACCGUGUGGAGCGACUGCACGAAGCUCCACGCCGGCACCGUCCGCCACCUCAACACCACCCUCAGCUGCCUGCGUGGCGGCGGCCGGUGCACGGACUUCGACGCGCAGACGUGGCUGAGCAGCGCGCUGACCAACGUGGCCACGUGUCGGGCCGGGUCGGCCGACCUGAACCUGCCGCCCCGGUUCGUCGACCCGAUACUGGCCGGGUCGAGCAACCUGUCGGAGCUGAUCACCAACACGCUGGCGGUCAACGGGGCGAUGCUGGCGGCGGCGGCGGAGGAGGAGGAGGAGAAGGGGGAAAACGCCAGCUCCGAUGACGAGUUCGUUCCCGCCGGGUGGAUGAGGAGAGGCGGGAGGAGGCUUCUGGAAGGUUCCAUCGCGUCGGUGAACGUGAAGGCGGAUGCGGUGGUGGCGAAGGACGGGUCCGGGAAGUUCGCGACGGUUCAGGCGGCGAUCGAUUUGGCGGGGAGGAGAGGCGAUUUCGGGGAGAGGUUUAUCAUACGGGUGAAGAGAGGGGUUUAUGUGGAGAACAUUGAGGUCGUCGACGGUAACCGUAACGUUUGGCUCGUCGGGGACGGCCUCGAGGACACCGUCAUCACCGGCCACCGCAGCGUCGGGAGUGGGUCCUACACGACGUUCAGUUCCGCCACCGCUGGGAUUGAUGGCGCCCGAUUCGUAGCACGUGGAAUCACGUUCGCAAACACAGCCGGACCCAAAAAGGGGCAGGCGGUGGCUCUCCGAUCCGCCUCCGACCUCGCCGUCUUCUACCAAUGCAGCUUCAAAGGCUACCAGGACACUCUCUUCGUCCAAACCCAACGCCAGUUCUUCCGCGAGUGCCACGUGUCCGGCACCGUCGACUUCAUCUUCGGCAACGCCGCCGCCGUCUUCCAAAAAUGCGUAAUCUACGUCCGGAGGCCGGUUCCCGGCCAGACCAACAUCAUCACCGCGCAAGGCAGGGUCAACGCCUUCGAGCACACCGGGAUUUCCAUCCACAACUCCAAAAUCCUGGCGUCGGCGGAGCUGAAAGCCGCCGGGCCCGGGAAGUUCGAGACCUACUUGGGCCGGCCCUGGAUGGAGUAUUCGCGGGCCGUCAUAAUGAAGACUUAUUUGCACCGGAUUGUAAAUCCAGCGGGCUGGUCCAAAUGGGGCGGUAAGGACGACUUUGGGCUGAGUACUUUGUACUUCGGCGAGUACAAGAAUUUUGGGCCUGGAUCUUCGUUGAGAUCUAGGGUUAAAUGGGAAGGAUUUCAUGCCAUCCACGACGCAGUCACGGCAAAGCAUUUUACUGUUCGUGGCCUCUACGCCGGCCGAUCAUGGUUGUCGUCCACUGGGGUUCCGUUCAAUGACGGUCUAUAG